GAGCCCCGGCGCUUCUCCGAGGAGACAUGGAGUAUUGCGGGAACCGGGCUGCGGGCGAGCAGCAGCAGCAGCCGCAGCCGCAGCGGCGGUUCACCAUUACUGAUCUCAAACACCAGGCUGCGGAGUAUUACCGCAGCAACGAAGUGCCGCAGCGGCUGGAGGAGGUGCUCAACGCCAUGUUCUACCAGCGCCCAGAGGACUUCUACGGGCACCUGGUAAGCCGGACCCCUGUGUAACGGCACCCCCACUUGCGCAUGCGCCUUUGGCCCAAACCGGAGGAUGGUGCGAUGUGUGCCUGGUGCGCACGCGCACCGGGAGUAGGGGGGGCGGCGGGAGACGCCUUAGGUGUGGGACCGGCUUUGUGGGAGUGCAGAACUCCCAGUGACCUUAAUGCAGGUCGUGUGUUCCUGGUGUGUGCAUCUGCAUGGUAGUAUUUUGGCCCUUUACAGGGCGAGCUUCUCCAUGAUAUUUCCGAGGCAAGUCCCACUGAGCUCCUGUGUGUCCCCAUUCAAUCCAACGAGAGUUACUCCUAGCUAAGUGGGUAUAUAGUGGCUGCAAAUUUACUGCUUAAGUAAACAACAACCGAGAGCCUUGACAGCACCUUAAACACCAAAAUAUUUAUUUUAUGGGUUGAAAUCUGCAUCAUCAUAUGUGAAGAGUGCACUCUGGUACAUGAAAACCCGUGCCAUAAUAAAUUUGUUUGCAGAGCAAUCCUGUGCAGGUCAACAUAGAAGUAAAUUGGGCAGGGAAUGGUUAGCAUAUGCUAACAUUGCUACAUAUCAGUAUAAUUUGUACUGUCAUCUGCAUUAUGAUGAGCAAGGCACACUUAGGAGGAAGAAGGGUUCUCAUCCUGUACAAUUUGCAAGUCUAUUGUAAAGAGGACUUUCAUGAGAUUCAUGCCACAUGACUGUAUACUGGUAGGUUGGCAGAGUAUACUUACAUGCUGUAUAAUCUUAUGAAUUUCCUCUGAACAAUAUACUGUAGCAUAUACAGUAAAUGUCAUGAUCUGCCUUUGUUUCCCAUUGGUAAAAUGGUAAUCUUAUGACAUAAUCUCAGUGUUAAUUCGGAUAGUAAUAAAACAAGGGUUAUAAUGCACUAAGCCCACUAGAAAAUGUGAUUUAAAUGAUUGGUGAUAAAAGAGGGAAUUAGAAAAUGCGAACAUACUUUUUAUGAUACCAUAUGUCAUCGGAAGCAGAAAUAAGUAUUAUAUGUCAUAGCAAGCUCACAUUUGGGCAGGCUACCAAGACCUGCCAAAAUUUGUGGACCUCUACCUCUGAAAUUCAGCCAUCAGUACAAAACAUCAUAGUGCCUUUUGGAGUGCUUCCUGAUCGAUCAUUUCUCCUGAUUGCCAGGCAGCAUGCCCUAUACUAGCGUGUGUCAGGGAAAAUGCUGGUCCCUGUAUUAAUUCCUGCUAGUCCAAAGGGCAGGCUAGGAUCCUGCAGAAUCAAUGUCAGUGGCACAAUCCAAGAAUUUAUUGUGAUCCAUCCUUGACUUCAUCGCAGAUGAACUGGUAUCAUUACAGUUUACCAUACUCCAGAAGUUUUAGUGAAAGCCAAGAGGGUACCAUUAGGAUUUUAAAAAGAAAGGAGAUAAUAUUGUUGGUAAUAGGUAUGAUCCCAAGCCAUGGGUGCAGGAACUACUAAAUGAGCAGUCUGAUAAAUGUCAGGGGAAAGUUUCACUGCAGACGACUGUGUACUAGGAGAAUAGAAAUCUCAUUUUAAAUAUAUGGGAAAUAAUUGCUAUAAUUGUUAUCUUCCAGGCAAACUACUUCUCUGAAUUAUCAAAGCCUCCAGUGAUAACCAAAUUAGUUGGGAAAAAGGUGCUUGAUGGGAUUGGUCGGCCAACGUUAGAAGUGGAAGUGUCAUGCCGAGUUAGGAACUGUGUCAAGGUAUGAACUGUUAUGUGCUUAAUUCUCUAUUUGAUCCAGAGAUAUCUGACUGCCAGACUGAGGGCUGUCUGCAAAUAACAUUGUCCGUGAGCUUAUAUGGACACUGGUCAACCCCUGCCAAUUUUUGUCUCAAUAUGAUGAAACCAAAAGGCCCAAAGUAGGUUUGAUGUUAAAAUGUGUCAAGGCAUUUAACAUAUCUAGGUGUUUUCCCCCUUAACUAGCUGCUGUGUGUUAUGUGUGUGUCAGGAUUGGGACCAUGGUGCUUGGAGAAGGGUUUCCAAUACUUCUUUUUUUCCUUGAUGAAAAUCCCCCCUCAUGCUAUUAAUGUGAACAGAAUCUAAUGAAUGUGUCUUGGGCUGGUAGCAAUUUUGGUGGAGCGUUUCUUCAGGACUACUGCAUGGUAGAAAGUGGUAAUGUUUCUUUUGCCUGUGCACCAUGAUCCUGAGUGUAAAAAAAGUUUAGGGGCAAAUUAGACAUCAUACCCUUUUGAAAUUUGGAAGGGUCUUGUCUGCUGUGACUUUUUAUAAAAUGUCUUCACUAGGGUUGAGGGAUAAGGAUAAGGAUGAGACACCCAACAGUGAAGUCUACACAGGGCUGGCCCAAGGCAUUUUGCUGCCUGAGGUGAACCAGAAAAUGGCACCCCCCUGGGAAUUGUGGUUUGUUAAGAGUGCUGGGUUAGGGCAUGGGCAGGGAAUAUUAGGCUCAGAGACCAAAUGCAGCCCUCUAGGCCUUUCUGUUGAGGUCCAGGCCAGUCCUCUUCAGUCCUGCUUUGCAUCCUCUUUGAGGUUUUUUUAUUUGUUUCUUUUGUUAACUGAAAUGUCUUUCUGGAUGGAGAGAAGGUACUGUGGUUGUGGGAUAGGGCUCAUCUCACCCCCCUCAAAACCCACUGCCUCUUUCCAUUCUGCUGGCUGACCUCUGUCUUGCCUUUGAACCAUGGCUUACUGGAAACCGUGGCUGCUCUCUUGCAAAGCUGGGAGCUUGUCCAUCAGGAGGCAGCUGCGCAUGCAGCAUGCCACUUGAGCAGGACUCUGUGGGUUAGUGGCUUGAUAGAUUUACGGAAAAGACGAUGUUGUGAAAUGGGGAGGAGAAGUGCUGUGGUGAAGCAAGGGGGACUAAAUGCAGAUGGAUAACAGGGGUGGGAGGAGAGAGAAACAGGAAUGUCGGAAACAAGGGAGGGUGAACUAGAGAAGGAAAGAGUAGGGAAGGAGAGGGAAAGUAAAGAAGCCAGAAAACAAGUAUGAUCUGGAGAAUGAAAGUGCGGGGGUAGGGUGGGAGAAUUUUCUGCAUUCCUGAAGAAAUUGCUCCAUGGAGGAAGCAGGGAGGUGUGGCCUGUACCUAGAUGCAAAUUUGCCACCCCUCACAGAGUGCCACUUGAGAUCAUGGGAGGGGUAGCCCCAAGUUUACACUUCCAUGAGUACAUAUCUCUCACUUGGGUAACAGAAAUGGCAUGAGUGGAAGGACAGAAGACACCCAGUGUUUCUGUGUAUUUGCUCUUCAAAAAUGUAUAUUAAGGUGUAUUCAAUAUUAAGGUAUAUUCAAUAGAGAAUCAAAGGAUAAAUAACUGUUAGAUGGAUUUGUAGCUGGUUGAUUGACCGAACCCAAAGAGUACUCAUUAAUGGUUCCUCGUCACCCUGGAAAAAAGUGACAAGUGGGGUGCCGCAGGGUUCUGUCUUGGGCCCGUUGUUGUUCAGCGUCCUUAUAAACAACUGAUGAAGAAAUUGGGUGGGGGGAAGAAUCAUAGGCAUAGCCAAGGGGGGGCAGCUGCCCCCUAUAAUCCUCAAAAAUUAUUGAAAAGCAUAAAAAAAUACUUAAUUAACUGCCCCCUAACAAAAGCUUGCCCCCUGUAAUGCCCUCUUUUAGGGGGAAUUUUAGCCGUGAUCUCACCAAAAAAGCUCAACAACUUUUUGGGACCCCCAUAACAAAAAACGUGGCUACGCCCAUGAGGGGGAUGCUAAUCAAGUCUGCAGAUGACACCAAACCGGGAGGGGUAGCUAAUGCCACAGAAGACAGAAUCAGGAUUCAAAAUGACUUUAACAGAUUGGAGAACUGGGUCUAAACUAACAAAAUGAAUUUUAGUAGGGACAAAUGUAAGGUUCUGCACUUAGCCAGAAAGAACCAAUGCACAAAUAUAAGAUGGGGGACACUUGGCUUACUAGUAGUACAUGUGAAAAGGAUCUUGGGGUCUUAGUGGACCACCACCAAUAGUGUGAUGCAGCAAUAGAAGUAUAGUAUCCAGAUCAAGGGAAGUAAUAGUACUAUUCUCUUCUGCCUUGGUCACACCACACCUAGAAUUCUGGGCACCACAAGGGAUAUUGACAAGCUGGAACAUGUGUAGAGGAAGGUAACUAAUAUGAUCAAGUGCCUGGAAACCAAGCCUUAUGAGGAAUGGUUGAAGGAGCUGGGUAUGUUUAGCUGGAAAAGAGGAGAGUGAGAGAAGAUAUGAUAGCCAUCUUCAAAUAUCUAAAGAGCUGUCACAUGGAAGAUAGAGCAAGCUUGUUUUCUCAUGCUCUGGAUUGUAGGACUCGAACCAAUGGCUUCAAAUUACAAUAAAGGAGAUUCCACCUUAACAUCAGGAAGAGCUGUUUGACAGUAGGAGCUGUUUGACAGUGGAGCGGUCUCCCUUGGGAGGUUGUGAACUCUCCUUCAUUGGAGGUUUCUAAGCAGAGGUUGGAUGUCUAUGGAUGCUUUAGUUGAGAUUCCUGUAUUGCAGGGGGUUGGACUAGAUGACCAUUGGGGUCCCUUCCAACUUUACGAUUUUCUAAUAAUAUAACCUAGAGGCAUUUGCAUUAUUCAGAAGUUCAUAUAAACAGUGUAGUUUACAUGGUCAAAGAAGCAUAUGGACUAAACAAAAUUGAAAUGAAAGGAGCUGUGAAGAAUUCUACUCUAGCAAUAAAAUUCUUUUAAAUACCUUUCAAAAGAUUUGACAUGGAGUUUAUAACAUUCGACAGUGAAAGUGAUAACCCUCUCCAUACAUCAAAAAUAAAGCUUAAAUAAACCUUUAGCACAAAAUGAUUUCAAUGUAGUGUUUAUUAUGUGAAAUUUCAAUGAUGAAUCUAUUUUUAAAUACUGUUCUGCAGAGGAUUUGUUCCAGCAUGAUCUCUUCUCAUGCUGAAAUUCUUGAAAAUGCUUCACCAGAAGCAAUUGAUGCUGAUGAAAGGGAAAGAGAGGAAUCUAUAAAGAUAGCAAUUGAAUGGAUAAAUGAAUCACUGAAUGAAAUGUUCAUAGGCCUUCAACCUACUGACCAGCAUAAAGCUGAUGAACUUCUAGGGUAAGUUUCACAUAUUUAUUCUGCAUGUUAUAUAGCAAUUCAUUUCUUUUGAAAAUCCAUUAUGUUGCACUUACAAGACUGUAAUUCAGGCUGCAAUUCUAUACUUGAGAGUAAGCCCUUUUGGACUCAGUGGGACUUACUUUUGAGCAGACUUGUAUUGGAUUGUACUUGUGCUUACCAGCAUGUGGCAUACUUGAGGAUUUGAAAUGGCUGUGCUUCAACCAUAACAGUCUGGUGGUCUGGAGGCAGAUUAUGAUUGAGUUUAAGCUUAGUCUGUAAAUAAAAUUAUCAUCUACCUUGGAGGAUACCAGCCUGGAACCCAUGAAAAACUUUACUGUGUCAGAGCCUGCUGCCAUUUUAUUUUAAAUAAAAAAGUAAGUCUCUAAGCCCUCCUAGAAAGUUAAGCAAAAUGUGCAGGUACCCUUCUAAGCAAUUUUAGUGAAAUGAUCACUCAUGGGCUACAACCACUGAUAGGUAGGAGUAAAAUUAGAGCUGUGAUAGAUGAGUUGCUUGGACACCAGGCAAUGGGAAUACCUUGGGUCCGAAAGAGUUGCUGUUUCCCUUUCAUGUACUUUAUCUGCUUCUGCCUUAUUUUCUAGUAGUCCUUAGCAUCUCCAUAGUUUGCCCUUCCUUUUUACCUAGCAACCAGGAAACAUCUUUCCCGUGGUGGGUUUCUCUGAGUUCAUGUACUCCCUAGAAGUUAUUUUCUGCAAAUAUAACUACACAGUAAGUGCAAGUGGGGAGGUUAAAGACCCCCCCUGGCAAAUACAAAAUACCUCUCUAAUUUUGUGUUACGUGUUUUAUCAGAAAUGUAUUACUAUUUAUAGAAGUGAAGGUAACAAAUUUCAGUGUACCCUGACUUGCGUGUGUCAAGAAGUUUCUUGAAGUACUAAAGCAACCAGCGGUUACUGCGCUUCCUUUUAUUACAGUGAAUAUUUUGCAAAGAAAGCAGAAGCAGAUGAAGAAAGAAGGGAAGCUGAAAAGGAGAAAGAGAAAGAAAUCCAGGAAGCAGAGGCUUCUGGUGCUUCAGCUGCUCCAGCUCCUUCUGGGAAAAAAAAGCCAAACAAAGCAGGUUAUAGAAUAGACCUUGUAUCUAUAAAGUAGAUAGCAUCCCGUUCCAUUUAGCAAAUGGGUAUCAUGGCUCUCAGGCUUGUAUCCAAUGAAGUUGUCCCGUUCUUACAACUUCUGGUUGUAUAAUGGAACUUCCCCUCCGUCUUCUCUUCCUACAUGCCCCUUGCACACCCACCCAAAUCUUUCUCUGGAGGGUUGGCGGAACUCCCAGAACAGAUUUGGGAGGCCACCUGGGGAGGAGAGCAUGGUGAAGUUCUAUUCUGCAAGUAAGAGUCCUUUCUGGGAUAAGGACCCACAUUUACUUUCUUACCUAAGCUUGUGGAAGGGAAGGGUAGUUCAAAGCAUGCUUCUGCUAUCACAUUUUUAUGAAAUGUUAUAGAAAUGUUAUCAAUGUUGCAUUUUUAUUGUUUUUGAGUAAGCCACUUAUUAUUAUAGGAAGGGGUAUAAAAUGUUAUACAUAAAUAAAUAAAUAAAUGAAACUUUUGCACAUAACCCGUUAUGCUUUCCUGGAUUCUCCACCCUUCAACAUAUCCCCAUAUCACUCUGCAUACUGGACUUAAUGAUCCCAAGUAAAGUCAUGGCAGUUGUAGAUUGAGGUGUGGGUGGGUGGCUUGCUUACCUUUGUUGCUAUGUGAUGCUUCAAAAUGGGAAUCACACAGGCAAAACAAAAGAAAAAGAUUGGGAAACACUUGAUCUGGAUACCUAGCUCUCUUUUCUUGGGCAAUGCCUUAUCUGAGUAUCAGACUGCAUUAUUUGUCUUGACAUGUGAAUAUGCACUCCAUUGUCUCAUGUUGAUUUGUUCAUUUUAUUAGGAAUCAGUUUAAUAGAGGGACAUGGAACAGCACACCUGCUGUGAAGUUUAUGUUUGUUUAAUGGGAUCUGGCAGGGCAGGAAAACAGCACAGUGGAAGGGGGCUAGGGUGUCUCCUAGCCACACCCUUUGGCUUUAAAUUGAACUGCUAGCUGAUCUAGUUGCCAGCCAGGGCCAUGCCACUUGUUAUCUGUAACGUUCAGUAACGUUCCUCUAAUGGAAACAACAUCCAGAUCAUACUGACCCUUGAGAGCAAGAGUCUUAAGGAUGCAACACCCAUUGACUGUUUAACUCGAGGGAAAUGUGUCGAAUGUUUCUCCUCUUAUUGGCUUUUUGCAUAAUUGCAGUGACCUGUUCAUGAUAAGAAGAAAGUGUUCUUAUUCGUAUACUCUUUAACAUUUCGUAUCUUUCACGAUUCUCGCAGUGCUUUUUUGUCUGACAGUACUCACCAGUAUGGAGUACCAUCACCCCUUUUGUAGCAGCUCAUGACAGCCAUUUUAUGCCAGCAUCCAUGGCAUUUUUAUGAAGAUUAUGAGUACUGGCACCCCAUUUUGUACCAAAAACACUGCUCAGAGUUAAAUUUGCUUAAAAGUAGUACUGUAGCAGAAGUUUGUAUUGCUGCAUUUGCCUCACUGAUAAUUUUAAUUGCCGUUCUUGAUUUCUUAGCAAAUAUAACAAAAUCAUUUUUACUUUUCUGGGAGAAAAUAUUUAAUUACUGGAAUUUCAGUAGUCUCAAUAGAAGCCGUUAUAGAGAAGUUGAACUUCUGAAGAGUAGAAUUUGUCAUUUUAUGGAGAAUAAAGGUGAUUUUUGAGAAACUUUGGAGAACAGCCUGUUGCUUCAUGCCUGACACCUCACUCAUAAUGCACUCAUUGCUGUGCAUUCCCGACCUAAGGAAGAUCAAAUAUAUGAUGUGCUUCAAACACUUAAGUUGGGUGUCUGCAUAGAGUUCCAUAGCUGCACUUGACAGCUUUCAUGUUCUGCUGUUCGAAAGUUCUGUUAAGUGCUUGGAUUAAAAGGUCAGGUUUUCAAAGGCACUCAGCACCCACAACUAGUGCUGGAUUUUCAAAAGAUGCCAGCUCCUAUUUUAGAGUCAAAGCAAGCCAUUGGAUGAUAGGAAUUUGAGGACUUGAGGACAUAAAUGUCACAGUGGGAGUUUAUGGUUGCUAAGCUCUGUGCUUCAGAAAUCCAGCCAUUAUUAAGGUGUCCAAGUGAGAGCCAAGUAAUUUUCAAAAUCUUCUCUGGAUUCUUAAGUUUUGUGCAUAUAAAACGCUCUUUGGAAAGUCUGGAUCUAAGGGUGCUGGUAGAUGAAGGGCAUAAUAAUAAGCAAUGGAAGAGAAAAGGAAAUAAAAGAGAAGGGUUCUAUCCGAGACUGAAACAAGCCUUCAUUGCAGAGGUCAAAAUAUCAGAUUAUUAUGUCUAGGAACAGAUGUGAUUUAAGCCUAAAGGUUAGGUGUGACAGCAUGAGUUAUAGCCUGCAUCAUGAGAGGGAAAGAAGGCAAGCCAACCAGCCAAACCAACCCCACCUUCCUCUCACCAUUGCCACUGUGGAUGACGUUUAUUCUUCUCUGACUUCUCUGACUCCCUGACUAAACAACAGCUUCAACUUUCUGUUGGACCACUUUAAGCGGUCCAGCUCCUGUCUAUAUUGGGAGGAGUGGUAUUUAAUUAAUUGGUUUAUAAACUGCUCCUAUAUUCAGUAGUGUGGAAAUGGUGUAGAGAAAUAAAUAUAAAGCAGAUAAAAAAACAUAAAUUUUAUUUAUUGAAAACUGCAGACAUAUACUAAUUUGGGACGGGCUGGGCGAAAAGUUUUUGACAUGACAACAUGGAGGCUUGUUUCCCAUCUGUGGAAGAUGAAUUCCAGACAACUGGUGCCACAGUUCUCAGAGCAUGUGCCUAAGUCACAGCAUGGUUUACAUGCUUUGCUAUAAACACCAACAGAUCUCUAUUCCUAGAUCUAAGUGACCAGCAUGGGAUGUAGGGGGGAGAGGUGGUUUCUUAGAUGCAGAACUGCACUGGCAAUUACCGUUUCCACAGCUGUUGUAUUCUGGGUCAAAGCACGUGUCUGCGGAGCACACAUAAGCCUGCCCUGUUCUGCCCCCAUUCCUCCCUCUUCUGGGUGCAAAAGACCUGUGCGUCGGCAGUUGAGUGCUAAUUGGACAUGCGUAAAUGGUCGCCACCUGUAUAGGGAUUCUUAUACCAGUAGCAAGGUCGUGAAUCUAGCUUGGUAGCAAAUUGGCAGGGGUGAGUUGAAUAACAAGGUCUCAGACCAAAUUCCCUGGUCCCGAAUAAGCUAUGCUUUUAUUAAAGGUAUCAAGUUAAACACUUUUGGGGGAAAUUAUUUUAGAAAAAAAGUUAAUUUUACAGUUUAAUUCAAGCCCCUUUUCUUUCUUGCAACUCUUCAACUUUUAUAUGGAAUAUUUUAACUACCCCCUCCCAUUGAGGACAAGAGUCUUGGUUAGGUUUCUGUUUCUCCUUAAUUACCAGGUUCCCGUGCAAAACUUCCCGAACUAGUAUCCCUUGCAUGUUUCACCUUCCUGCAAUUUUUUGAACCCUAUAUACAUGAGUUUUCAACAUAAAGGGCAAUCAUUUUACAGCCUAGUUACAAACAAAAUGCUUCAAAGUCCUGUUCCAUCACAACAGGAGAUUAGUGUUAGAAAGUUCGUUAGAAGAAGUGUCUUAAUAUAAGGGGUUAAGAUGGCAGUCCUCAAAACACCUAUCUCUGGAGCAGUGUCUUUGAUGCCAAUAGAAUUGAUCUAGAAUAAGAAGUCCAGAUUCUUUGUUUUAAUUGACUUCAUAGCCAUAUUUUACUUAACCCUAUGAUGUUGAUAUUGUCAAUAGAAAACUAUAAACAUGUUUUUGUUUUCUCAGCAAAGAAGAUGUCUGUGCUGGAGAAGCCAAUCCCUCCUGCAGAACCCACAGAACCUGUAGUUAUGGGUAGCAUGGCUAUUGGGUGUACAUCUCUUGCUUUUGCAAAGACUGCUGCGACUCUUCGUGACAUGCCUUUGUACUUACAUAUCGCUUUGCUGAAACACGAUCAGGUACUUGUCUGGAUUUUAGCAUCCAGAGUUCUCACUCAAGAUAGGAAUAAGAAGUAAUCCAGACAUACGUGCAGCCUAAGUUCUGCGGAACCUUUUGCUCAAUGUUGAUGUGGUUUGUAUCGCAACCAUAUUCUAGUACAUUUAUUAUACAAGUAUGGCUUAGCUCUGUGCUCUUUCUUCCACCAGAAUCCAUAGUAAUGGCCAUAAUGAAUCUGGCAGAUAUCUCUGUGCUAGAGCCAGGGUUUAGUCAUCACCUGGUGUAUUGCUGUGCAAAUUUGUGCCCUUGGUCACUAACAUGCAAGUGUCAUGUUUUGUGACAUAGCAAUUAAUUCCUUUUCUUUUAAUUCUAAAGGCGUCCAGGUAGUCGAUGCUGCCCCAUGCUUAGUGUGCUCUUACUUAAUUUAAUGGGGGGGGGGUGCUGUUGACCAGCAAGUAAGCCCCCCAGGGAACUGCAUGGGAUGGGAUGGCAUGUAAAUGCCGAAAUUAAGUAAAUAAAUAAUAUGGAGCAAUCAAGCUGCAUCUACAGUUCCAGCAGUCCAUAGUAUUUGGGGGCAUAUGUAAUCAUUUUUCUGUUCCGGAUAAUUUUCAAAGUGAAGCCUAAAAUAGUUCCCACAUGACUUUUUCCACUUUAGGAAUCGCCUAAAGAACUGGCUUUGCCACUUCCAAUGGCAACAGUUUUGAGUUGUGGAAAAUCAUCACCUGGAAAACUGAAUCUAUUGAAAGAAGUGAUGGUUAUACCUCCACACUGGUUACCAGUUAAACAGGUACCAUGUGCAACUGUUUUCCCUUUUGUUUAUAAUAAAACACAAUAUUAAAAAGCACUUGGCCAUAUUUUAAUCAACCUGUAAGAAGUUAAUUGCUUUUUUAUGGCAUAAUCCAACUUCCCGUUCUCUACACUUAUACCUGCUGUCUUCAAUUGGAGUAAGAGUGAACAGGGUGUAGGAUUGAAGCCUUACUGCCUCACUACUUGUUACAAUCGUGGCAUAAUUUCUGAUGAUGUGGGGUUACACAUAUUAAAUACCAGGCAUUAGGUGAGAAGAGGGCAUUGUCCUCAGGAAUAAAGUAUGUGGUUUUAAGUCUACUCUCUCCAGUUGUGAUAAAAGUGAAAAUCAUCCACUCCCCGAGCUUCCCCCGACCCCAGCCCCCAGAACAGGCUGCUAUCCGCAGCAGCCUUGCCCGGAGGCCCGGCGGCAAGCUCCCGCCCGGGCUCGCAAGGCUUGCGGACACCUGUGCGAAGCAUGGGCGCCCUCCGGAGGGCGCCCCGUGCUUCGGGCUGCAGGCUGCCGCCCGCAAGCUUUGCGAGCCCACGGGAACUCCCGCCAGGCUUGCAAGGCUUGCGGAUAGCUUCCUGAAGCCUGGAGAGCGAGAGGGGUCGGUGCGCACUGACGCCUCUCACUCUCCAGGCUUCAGCGAAAGCCUGCCUUCGCCCCAUAGGACGCCAUAGGACUACACAUUUCCCCAUUCAUUUUUGGAGGGGAAAAAGUGCGUCCUAUAGGGCGAAAAAUACGGUAGUUUGUCUCUAAGGUGCUACUGGACAAAUACUUUUUUAUUUAUUUUGACUGCAUCAGACCAACACGGUUACCUCACUUAAUCUAAAACAUUUCUGAGUUGGUUAUAAGUAUAUGGAGGAAACAUGCAUAUGGAACUGUGUAAUAAAUGGCUGUGCUUUUAAUGCACAAGACCCAUUCAUUUACAUCUGAGAAGUUGCCCGUGGAUGUGUCUCUUGUGAGUAAUAUUGACAAUGGAAAGAUAUAGCAGUGUUCUGUGUUAUAGUAGGCAUUUCAUUUUCACAAAAUGAGACAUCACAUUCAUAUAGAAUGAAUGAGUUAUUCUCCUGAAAGGUCAUUAUUAUGAUGACUCCAAAUACCUUGAAGAUAAGUUUUAAAAUUUCACUUUCAUAGAUUAAUGUUUUUGUCAAAUCACCUUCCCAGGCAACUUUUGUUCAAUCCCACCUCACUCCUCUCAGAUUAAGGAUGUAUAAUGGUACACUCAUGGAUAGAACAACUGAGAGCAAUGAAGUGGGUGAGAUGGGAAAGAGAUUUAACUAGAUAUGGUAAUCUUCUUUUGAAUCAGGUGGGAAUUGGCAGAGAUCCCCAAUUACCAGUUCCUAAAUGGGGAAAAAAUGGUUAAAGCAAAUGUUUCAUACCAUUUCACAUCAUGUGUGUAAACAAAAUUAACUCAGGUAUAAUUGCAUGUUGGCACAGCUGAUGAUAAUCUUGUAUCCUCUUCAAAAUCAAGGCACAACUCAAGGUCUUGUGAACCACACUGAGAUCUUUUGAUGAAGGCUGGUAUAUAAAUCUAAUUAAUAAUAAUAAUAAUAAUAAUAAUAAUGUGAAAGACAAGACCAUUUUUUCAAGGACAUGGAGCUUGAAUGAUAAUACCUGAAUAAAGCAGUAUUAUUUCAGAAGUUAGUAGGUGCCUGGCUAGUACUUUUCGCUGGUUGUAGUCCUGAUACCCUGCCUACCAUGCAAGGUGUUCUUUAUGCUCAUACUUGCUUUCCCUCCUGCUAAUACCUGGAUUUACCUACUUGGCAGGAUUUAAGAUACUCUUAAUCCACUCAGAACAUUGCCACUGGUGCUGCGGUUUCUCCAAAACUUCUCAUUCAACUUGGAACAUGUCUAUUAAAGUGAAUAUCUGCAGUUUAAUGAGCAUACUAGUAACUGAUCAGAAGGGCGGCGGUUCGAAUCCCUGCGAUGGAGUGAGCUCCCGUUGCUCGGUCCCUGUUCCUGCCAACCUAGCAGUUCGAAAGCACGUCAAAGUGCAAGUAGAUAAAUAGGUACCACUCCGGCGGGAAGGUAAACGGCGUUUCCAUGCGCUGCUCUGGUUCACCAGAAGCGGCUUAGUUAUGCGGGCCAUGUGACCUGGAAGCUGUACGCCGGCUCCCUUGGCCAUUAAAGCGAGAUGAGCGCCGCAACCCCAGGGUUGGUCACGACUGGACCUAACAGUCAGGGGUCCCUUUACCUUUACCUAGUAACUUUUGGAAAAGGUCACUUGUUUUCAGAAUGUAAUUGUUGUGAGCCUGGCUACUUUGGGACGGAUGGCAGUUGCUGUCAGAGGAAGAGGAGAGUGCAAGCAUGUCAACAGCAUGGAGUGGACCAAGGGGCGUGAUGCCGCGAGCUCCAUUGCCCCUGGCUCCCUGUCAAGCCCGUACAAACAGGGAAGGAAUUCCCUAGCAAUGGGGGAAGGCAUCAACCAGUCAGGAGGGGCGGUUGGACAGCUGGAGGAGUCAGAGGGUCUGACCUCUCACAGAGAACUCAGUGCUGCCUGCACCACUGGGAACAGGCCCAUGCCCCAUUUGGAGAAGUGUGUGCCACCAGUCUCAUUGGGAGAGAGGCUUGUGUCGCAAGUGACCAUGUCUCACUUUUAGAAACUGGUAGAGGGCUGUGCCCCCCCUUUUAAAGACUUCUUAGCUUUCAUUCACUCAUGAACUUUUAGGACUGCCUUUGGUGAUCUGCAGCUGUAGUGUGGCCUAAAUUGCUGUAAGCCUUGAAUAAAGCUUACUUACACACAUACUGUCACUGUGUUUGGGAUGGGAGCCAGGGCAAUUACUUUUAAUAGGAAAAAAAAUUGUGGUUCUGUGGGAUUUUUUUAUUUUUAUUUUGCAGGGUGUAGAAAGAUGUGUGGAUAUUCAGAGAGAAGUAAUGAAGUUGCUGAGUCAAACUACUAACAUGGUAAGAUAAGUUAUAAAUUAAUCAUUUUUGUAUUUUCAGGAGUGUGUGUGUGUUUAUGUAUAUGUUUAUGUGUAUGUUUGUGUGCAUAUAUACCUUGCUUUACAGAAGGUAUACAUAAGUCCAGUCUGUUGCCCUGGUUGACAAGUUAACUUUUCAAGUAAAAGCCACCAGAAGUAAAUCAAACCCAUUAUCUUUUUAUACAGUAUGGCAAUCAUUUAUUUCAUUUAUGCACCAGGAAGACCAAACAAGAAAGCCACCUCAAACUCAUGGAGAGACCCAUUUAAUUAGGGACUCAAGUUACUAUUGUGUCUGUUUUUCACAUUUCUAUGCAGGUGCCAGGUUGUCUAUUAAUUUUUUUUCAAUAGAAUGAAUGAUUAGCUGCUUUUGCAUUGGCUUACGGUUCACGUGUAUUUAUUGACACAUAUCUGUUACUUGCUUUGACAAAUACAACCUCUCCAGAUGCCCUUAGGAUGUGGUGUACUAUUAUAUAUGUCAUUUAUAUUUCAUGUGCCUAAAUUCUGAAAAAAGUCAUUAAUGUGCUUCAUUUUGUUUGCUGCAAAUAAUCUGUUCAAAAUCAGGGAGGUUUAUUCAUAGUGAUGUUUUGGAUAUCUGUUGUCAGUUUGCAAUAAAUACAUUCUGUUUCAAACUCUGUGUUCUGUACUAUACCCAACCUUUAUCUUGGAUAGUAUCUUUGAAGCUAUUACACUAUUUAAAAGAUGGUAAAUUUUUUGGUUACUAUUUUUCCUGAAUAUAUAAUGUUGGUGUUUCUAAACAAUUUUUUUAAACCUUUGUAACAGCCUAGUUCUGUGGGAGAAGGUAAAAAGACUUCACGGGAUGCUGCAAAAAAAGCUCCGGUAAGAAAAAAUAACAAUACAGUUUUCAACUUGAGGAGUGGAUUAUUGCAGAAAACAGUUGUUAGAAUCAUAAGGUGAUAGGUUUAUUAGCAAGUGUGAUGGCCCUUGAUGUAUUGAGACUUGUGUACCAUUAUUUGUUGGGAGGGAUUUAUAUUAUACUAUAUUGUGAAUAGAACAGAAGAUUGCUUUCCAUCAAUCAGCCUUUCUGACAUAAUUAUAUCAACCAUUAGAAGCUCAGGUUUGUAGGAAUUCCUACUGCACUUCACACUGAUUGAAGAAGGAAAUGGAGGCACACACUGUCUCUUAAACCUGGAACCAAUGUUACUCCUGUGAUGAUGGCAGCAUAGUGCUCAAAUAAGUCAUGCUGGUUUUGUCUCUAGAUCCUGUUACUUGGAUCUGUAUCAGUCCACAGGUUGCGAUUUCCUAGGUAUUCUAGUGACUCAAAAUGUGGUGCAUCCACUGCCUAUGAGCUAGGUUCAGUCAUGUGUUCAAAAGCAGAAUAUGAAACCAUCCAGUACCGGUAAGAGUUACUUAUUAUUGAUAGCCAAAUUGGAAGCCCAAUUUGGAUAGGAAUGAUUUUUUAAAAAUUAUUUCUCAUAAGAGCAUUCCUAAAACAACCAAUUCAAUAAAAAUAUCAUAGUGAUGCACACUACAAUAAUUAAAACAUCAUAAAAUUAUAAAAAGCAUAAAAUGUAGAACAUGUUUAUUGUAUUUUAUUAAUUAGACUGGGAGUUAGCAAUGCCCCUGUGAGGAUGUAUGUAUGAACAAAUAUGGGUUAUGUAGGUUGGAUGGUGAGUAGCGGAUGCUCUACAGGAUAGGGAGAGAAGAGCAGGUAAAUUUAAGUGGAAAUUUUUACAUGUACAAUUGCAUUUUAAAAAUGUUUUCUCUGUAAUACUCUUAGAUUUAAUGUUUAAUAAAUGAUUACAUUAAAUGGAUGUAUUUUUAUUUAAACCGUUGCUAAAAACCAUUUUUAUAAGGUAAGAGAGGAAACUAAAUAAAUAUUGUGUGAAAAAUGUAGUGUGAAAAAUAAAAAUAUACAGAAUCAUAUUUAACAUUGGUUCUGCUCUGAGUUAGACCCACUGAAAUGAAUGAACAUGACUAACUUAGCACUAUUAAUUCCAGUGGGUCUACUCUAAGUAGCACUUACUUGCACAUAACUGAUAAUUACAUAGACUUUUCUUACAACAACAACAACAACAAAAUUUUAAUUUAUACCCCACCCAGAACCGGGCUCAGGGCAGCUAACACCAAUAAAAUUACAAUAAAACGUAAUAGGAAAGAAAACAACAACAACAAAAAUAAUUAAAAUACGGCUUAAAAUACAAUUUAAAAUGCAGCCUCAUUUUAGUAGUAGCCCAUAAAUCAAAACCAUAAGGGGAGGGAAACAUAAGGGUCAGACUGAGUCCAAACCAAAGGCCAGGUGGAACAGCUCUGCCUUUCAGGCCCUGAGGAAAGGUGUCAAGUCCCGCAGGGCCCUGGUCUCUUGUGACAGAGCAUUCCAUCAAGUCGGGGCCAGUACUGAAAAGGCCCUGGCCCUAGUUGAGACCAAUCUAACCACCUUGCGGCUCGGAACCUCCAGAGUGUUGUUAUUUGUGGACCUUAAGGUUCUCCGCGGGGCAUACCAGGAGAGGUGGUCCCGUGGGUACGAGGGUCCUAGGCCGCAUAGGGCUUUAAAGGUAAAAACCAGCACCUUAAACCUGACCCUGUACUCCACUGGGAGCCAAUGCAGCUGGUAAACCACUGGAUGAAUGUGAUCCUGUGGCAAGGACCCCGUAAGGAGCCUUGCCGCGGCAUUCUGCACCUGCUGGAGUUUCUGGGUCAGCUUCAAGGGCAGACCCGCGUAGAACUGAUUUAGUAGGAUUGGGGGAUGAGACAAAUAAGCAUGCAUAUAAUUGCAGCCUUUUGGGUUGAUAUGCGUAGGAUUUUACAACACCUGGUGUUGGUAGGAUUCUGCCAACACCUUCAGUGUUACAUUGUUUGCAUUCUAGGGCCAAGAUGGCUUCUGUUUCUAUUGUCAUUGGCACAAAUUGCCCACUUUUAAAUUGACUUCAGUGGAAGAGUUUGGCACAUGGUUAAAUCUCUCCCACUGAAUCAGAUUAAUUAUGCUUCAUUUUAAGUGAACCAUGUCCAUUACUUUUGUUUCAUAUUUUAUUAAACUUCAUAGGAAUAUUGCAUCAUUUGGAAGCAACAGAGUUGUUUCAUCCUGUUUCUUUUGUUUAAUUGCCUAAGGACUACAAUAUAUUUCUAUUUUCUCCCUUUUCAACUUUGUGGAAGUAUGUCAAAUCUGAAUGUAUGAAACAGCAUGCUUGGAAAUAGUAUUGUUAUCUCUGUGUGUCCCCUCUGUUCAUAGAAACUGGGAACAUUAGCCAGGCCAUCUGCAAGAAACUGGUUGCUUUCAUGUAGAUGCUGAUAAUUUAUAUACAGUUGAUGCACAUACAAAAUAAUAAUCCAGUCAUAAACUGAAUUAUAAAAUAGCUAUACAGGGAGAGAAUAUCCUAUCUGGUUAGGUUGUAGGACAGUAUGGUACCUAUAUAAUGCAGCAGGGGAUGGGCUUGGGGGUCUUUUUCGGAGAUUGGCAGAACACUUCUUGUACAUGGCUAUAUGAAAUUAAUACCAGUGUUUUUAAAUUCAUUUACAGUCUCCUGUUCUUAAAAAGAUGUCUCACUUAGGCUGCCUGGUAACAGGGUUUGAAAGUCUUGAACAACCUCUGGCUUUGAUCCAGUCUGCUUGUACACACCUUUCCUUGGAACUAGGAAUAGAUGUAUACUUGGGAAUAAAUUGUGCUGCUCAUGAACUAAUCGACUGUGUAAGCAUUAAUUUUUUGUAUCUUUAUUUUCAACAUUCUUUUGUCCUUUUCAGUACCUCUCCCUCUCUCCCCAAAAGGGAUCUAUCAAGGGGGUGGGCUCUGUAAAGGGAAAGAAGUCUAUCAACAGAUUUCAUUCAUGCAAAAGACCAGUGGCUCCUUUGCGGCACCUCAAUGUUUCUAAUUAUCGUACUUUAUUCCUAUCAUUAUCUAAUAAAAAGAAAAGUGAGCACCUUCAACUCUGAUAGUGAUUUUUACCUUUCAGUAUUUUUAAUUUUAGUCUAAGGGAAAAUAUGAAGUGAUACUUGGAACGUUCAAGAGCCCUGAUGAAAUGGUGGAUGUGUAUGUGGACCUAAUUCGUAAAUUCCCAUCUAUUAUGACAUUAAUAGAUCCACUGAGGAAAGAGGUAGGAGCUUUUUCUCUCUUUGUUUUGGUAUUUUUAUCACUGUCCUUGAGGAGAACCCAACAAUAAAAGAAACACAUAAAACGUGCUUAAACUUUGGGAGGGGUACGUUUUAUAGAAAAGAGGAAGUCAUAGAGGAAAGAAAAUUUCACUGAGCUUCAUUCCUCAGCAUUGUGGCCCCAAUCCAAUUAAAGUUAGACACACUUCAGUCCUACUGAAAUCAAUGUGACAGAAUUUUGACUAAGAUGACAAUCCUGUAUCGGGAUAUGUCUGAGUAGACAAGAAUAGGAUUUUGUUGUAACUUAAGCUCCAUUAUAAUGCUUAAUUCCCAUUGAUAUCAAACUUUAGAUGGCUGAGGGCCUGUUUGUAUGAAAUGUAUGAGAUGCAUGCAUCAUAUUAGUCUCAUUUUCAGAGAAGGAUUGCAAAAUACAGCAGCACAAUUAACUAGGACGAGAAUAUUUGCCACAUUUCUGUGUUCAACUAUUUGAUAUUUUAACUCUAUAUAUUGUUGACUUGUGUUUUGUUGUAAACUACCUUAGAAGGAUUUGUAUCCUGAAAAGAGGGCUAUAAGUGACUAUAAUAAAUAAAUACAUUAAAGUAAAAAUCAGUGGCAAUGCCAUUACCUUGAAUUAAGUCUACCUCAGUAGACUUAAGACAUUUAAUAGAUAUAUGCUUAUAGAUACAAGUCUCGUUCUCUACCAGCUGAGCUAUCCCAGGUCACAUGACAACAUAGAUUGCCAUCAGAGCCCAAAUGGCCAAAGAAUAGGCAAGUAGUUUAGAGCCUCAGAGUUUUAAAUUUGUGAUACUGAUCCUCGAUUGGACUGUCAGACAGUCUAGUUGCCAGCUAACUGCUAUAAAAUAGGAUAAAUGCUUUCAUAUCUGAGCAAGACUGAACUCCCCAAUAUAACUGCCUCCAGUCCCCUCUUAAUGCAGGCCAUUAAAAUCCAGACAAAACUAAGAGGUCUUACAAUAGUUCUGGGAAGACAAUCAGGCUGUGAUUUUGGCAAGUCUCCAAAAGGAGAGAAUUCUGUAAUUGUGGAGCAGCCAUUAAGAAGCGGUACAUGCCCAUGGCAUACAGAUUGUAUACUGAGAAAAUGUUUUGUCAGUCUUUCUCAGAAAUCAUAGUGGAGACAUACGAGAGAGGAUGGAAAUACAUAUCUUGCUGCUUUAGAAUUACUAGCAAAAUAUUGGUAAAAUAUACUAGUUUCCGUUGUAGAGGUAUGGAUAAGGAAAUGUUGGCAGACAAAGCAUAAUGGAUAACAUUGAUUUCCUUUAGACCUAAAUGAGACGGGAAAAUUCACUCUAUUGAUUUUUUUAAAAAAAUCAGCCUUCUGUUGCAAACUGCAAUAGGAAUAAAACUGUUACACAUAAAUAUAAACACAUUUACUUUUUUUUAAAAAAAGGAUAAAGUGUUGUGAAGUACAUUGGGGGAAAUGUGAAACAGGAAACAUUACAUAUGGUUAAAUAUAUAACUAUUAAUUCUGCUUUACUGUCAUAUAAAAAUGCAUUGUUUUAAAAUAAAUUGUUCUCUUUUGUGUUUAAAAAUGUAACAAGAACAAAUUUAAAUAUAGGGAAGAUGGCAGGGUUUUUUUUUCCUAUUAGGAACAAAGAUGACUAUGGCUUUACCACAUUCAUCUGUUUACUUGAUGCCUCUCUGGGUAUUGAAAAGGAAAGGAAAAUAAAUGGCUAAAUAAAUAGCACAAUAUAGUCCUGUGAGCUUCCAGUACCACAAAGAAUGUUGAUGGCUUAGAGAUAAACUACCUUUCUUAUUGUCUGAAGAGGGAAUUCAGAGUUUACAUUGAAUGCCAGAGACUGCCUUUGCUGCUACCUUUGUUGGAUGGGAACACGCUGUUGCUCAGUAAUAGCUAUGCUAAAGUCUUUAGGCAGCUUCCCAUACACCUUCCAGCCAAGUGGGAAAGGGAAAAGAAAAGGUCCAACGCAGAAAUGGGGACCGCUUUUCAGCCCGAGAGCUGCAUGUCCCCGUGGGCAACCUUCCAGGGACUGUGUGCCAAGAGUGAACAGGGCCAAAAGUGGGGGAAGCAAUGACUUAACAUUUGUAUGGUUGGGUCCGUAUCAGUCUGACAAAAUUCAGCGGUUUAUAUACACAGCACACAUAUACACACUUUCCAUCCUCAGACCUGCAAGAAACAUCAGAGUUAAAGAAUACAUUUCAGCAAAACAAGAUCCCUCAAGGGCACAGAGCAGGGCCAGUGGGGGGCAGGGUCUGGCCUGUAAAGAGGGUGUGUGACUUUUGGAGAACCCUCACAUCCCACCUUCCUGUAUAGCAAUCAAAUAUAUGGCGGUUGUUAUAAUUAUUUCAUUCACGAAGUGAUUUGCAAUAUAAUAAAAACAUAGAGAAAACAGUUACAUGUGUAAAAUCAUGUUUAAGAUACACACACACCGAGUAUAUAUAUUUAUAGUUUAAAACAAAAACAGCACAUACUCAAUUCAAACCCACUACCAACUGGGAUAAAUAUCUGAUUAGAAGGGUUGACCGUUCACCAAUUGGCUGGUGCUGAUGGGAAUUGAACUCCAGCAACAUCUGGAGGGUCCCUUGUUGGCUGUCCCAGCUAUAUGAAGUAGCGAGGGAAGAAUGGGAACCCAAAAAUGCGUAUUUUGGGUUCCUAUUCCAAGCAGGUUAGAGCCUUGGACAGAAGCACUUCUGUAGGGCUGCAGGUAUAAUAAUAAUAAUAAUAAAUUUUAUUUAUAUCCCGCCCUCCCCAGCCGAAGCCGGGCUCAGGGCGGCUAACAACAAUAAAACAGUACAAAAGUACAGCAUAAACAACAGUCUAAAAGCAUUCGUUAUAAAAUUAAUUAAUUUAAGCCACUGGCAACCAUUGGGCCAGAGCUCGCGAAGAUUGCCGAGGGAGGGAGUCAGGCUGUGCCCUGGCCAAAGGCCUGGUGGAACAGCUCUGUCUUGCAGGCCAUGCGGAAAGAUGUCGAGUCCCGCAGGGCCCUAGUCUCUUGUGACAGAGUGUUCCACCAGAUCGGAGCCACAGCCGAGAAAGCCCUGGCUCUAGUUGAGGCCAGCCUAACUUCUCUGGGGCCUGGGACCUUCAAGAUGUUUUUAUUCGAAGACCGUAAGUUUCUCUGUGGGGCAUACCAGGAGAGGCGGUCCCGUAGGUACGAGGGUCCUAGGCCGUAUAGGGCUUUAAAGGUUAAAACCAGCACCUUAAACCUGAUCCUGUACUCCACCGGGAGCCAGUGCAGCUGGUAUAGCACCGGGUGAAUGUGAUCUCGCAGCGAAGACCUCGUAAGGAGUCUCGCUGCAGCAUUCUGCACCCGCUGGAGUUUCUGGGUCAGUCUCAGGGGCAGCCCCACGUAGAGCGAGUUACAAUAAUCCAGUCUGGAGGUGACCGUCGCAUGGAUCACAGUGGCUAGGUCAGGGCGAGAGAGGUAAGGAGCCAACUGCUUAGCUUGGCGGAGAUGGAAAAUGCCGCCUUUGUUAUAGCUGCAAUCUGCGCCUCCAUGGAAAGGGAGGUGUCGAAGAUUACACCCAAACUCUUAACGGACGGUGCUGGCACUAAUUGCGCCCCGCAAGAGAUGGGAGUUGCCCCCAAUCCCAUAUCGCCCCGUCCCAGCCACAGGACCUCUGUCUUCGAAGGAUUUAGCUUCAACCGGCUCCCACGAAACCAUCCAGCCACAGCUUCCAAACAUCUAGUCAGUGUGUCUGGGGCCGAGUCAGGAUGGUAUUAGUUGUGGGGGCCCAUUUGUCUUCUCUAAAACAGCACAUACUGAAGUUUAUACUGAAAAUACAGAGUAUCCAUCUGGUUUCUGGCAUUAACUUCUGAAAUUCUUAAUUCGUUAUUUUGCUAUUUGUAUAGGACUGCCAGCAGUGGAUCACAUUACGCAACACGUUGGGAUCUAAAUGCUAUAUUUUUGCAGAAGAAUUGUGCAAGAGUGUAUCUAAACUUAUGGAGAACCACAACACACCAAAAUGCAGUGGUCUUGUCCUAAAAUAUACCAAUGAAGCUAAAAUUUCUGACCUCUGUAAAAUAACUCAGCUUUUAGAUGGUGAGGAAAGAACAGAAUUAAAAUGAAGUAUACACUAUAGGUUUGCCUAUACGAUCUGUAAAAGGAUGUAACAUGUUAUACUUAAAUACAGUAAUUGACAGUGUUAGAAAUGCUUAUUAGAUAUAAUUGGCUCUCAUCAUGGCACAACAAUAGAGUUGUGGGCUCAUGUUCAAAAUAUAUUAAAUGAAUUCUUGGAAUACAGUUCCGCUCAAAGUGCUGUAUAGAGCCAGGGUAACAGGGCGUAUCUCUCAUAUGAAUCGUUUCUGUUGUAUAUUUCUAUGGACAUUUUACAAGUUUUCAAAAUGUAACAAAGCUGCUGAAAUAAAUGAACUCUAAGCUUCAGAAUUUAAUUUAUACUAGCUAGAGAAGUGGUUUCCCCCCUUUCUUCUUUAAUCUGCAGCUAUAUUUUGUAUAAGUUUAGAUUAAAUUAAAUGCCUCAGUGCCUCACUUUUGUCUUGAAUAUGCUACCAAAAUGAUAUGUUCAGUCAUUAGUAGUUGUAGAAAGUGACAGAGCAAGUAUUUCAGCUGUUAUACAGAAUGCCCACAAUCCAACACUGAGUUAAAUGAGUUCAAGCCCUUUUAAAUAAGUGAUCUUAAAUUCUCAAAACUCAAAUGGAUUAUGAACCAUGGAUUUAACAGAACAAGAGAAGACAUAGAAAAAAAGAAGAAAAAAACUAUUGUAAUAGCCAAAGGCAAACAAUGGAAAACAGAUAGUCUUUUGGCUGGAUAGAGAAAUGAAGAAACAAAAAGCACUUUUCAUUUCCAUCCUAUACAGGUCGAAAGCGCAUUUCCAUUUUAGGCAGUCCAGAUGGAGAGACUUCUGAUGACAGUCUUGUAGACCUGGCAAGUAAAGUAGCGAAAGCUGUUCAAUUGCUCAAAUACUGCUUUUUAUCUUGACGUGGCCCACAGUAGAAAUGUUGUCUGUAGUUGAAACACAGGUAACCUUUUAGAAAAUUGGCUUUUUUGAGAGAGUCGCCUUUUAAAGAGAGUUAAUCUUUGAACUAUAGGGGGGGGGGAGAUGCACAACAGUAGGCAAUGGUAGCACAGUGAAAAUAUGUAUUGUCUCUUGCUGACAUUUUAAGGAAAAGUUAAGCAAAUUAUUCAAAACAUAGAGCACUGACAGUAUUUCUUGAAUAACAGGUCUUAAUGGACUCAGGCUAGUCUCUUUGUGUUAAAGCAUAAUUGCAUAGAGGAUGUCACUAAAAAUUGGCCACUUAUUUAAAAUUAAUGUGUGAAUUUUAGUCCACCCCCCUCCCAGUCACCCUACCCUGCCUCCUGCUGUCUCCUGAGCUUCCAAUUCCUUUCCUUUCAGCACUAUACUGUUUUCUUGACUCUCAGCUCAAUGUGGUUUCCCUUUCCUCUUCUCUGGCUUGGAUAGCUCUUUCUCCCUACCUAUCCCACCAAUGCUAGAGCUUGCAUGAAAUUCCCUCCUAGCAGAGUUUUUCCUUUGACUCAUCAUAGCCAAGGUAUUUGUUAAAAUGCCACGCCUGACUCUUACUCUAUGACCUUACAGCAGUCCAGUCAAUGACCUGUUUACAUGAAGGUCAUGGGGUUUACAUGUAGGAAGCAAAAAAUUAACCAGAAGCCAAAUUUUAGCACAGCAUUACAAAGCAAAGGACAUUUUCAGUACACACUCACUGUCCUGUGGAAUAAAUGCUCCGGCCAUGCAUAUGGCAGUGUUACAAACACAAGCAUAAAUGCUGAAUUGUAGGCCUCCACAUAGACAUGGGAAAUAUGAAUGUUACAUAAUCGAAGUCUGCUUCUAAGGCACCUAAGUUAUGUAAAUAGCAGGAAAGGGGAUUCAUUUCCCCCCUCAACACUGGAGGUUUAAAAUGGUAAUUUUUUUGUUUAAGGCUGUUGGACUGAGAACUAGGUUCAUCAAGUUGGGAGGUCUUUCACGUGGCGAGAGGGUCGCCAAAUACAACCGUCUUCUUGCAAUAGAGGAAGAACUCGGCAAGAAUGGAAGACUUGGUAAAAAAAAAACCCUUUCUUACAUUGUUUUUGGUGUUUAAUGAAUAAAAAUACAAAGAUUGGAAAAGGAGUGAUUGAAAACACUCUGCAGGAGGGAAGGAGAAUCAAAAGACUAUAAAUAAGCACUUGCAGAAAACAGGAUGACAUUUGCCACAAAGUACAUUGUCCUUAUAAUGAGUUGUCUGUUUACCUGAAUGUUAAAAUAAGACAUCCUUUAGGCACAGCCUACAAGAAGCUUUUCAUGAGCAGAAUUAAUUGGUUGGAAUCUUCAAGGCCAAUGGAGAACAUUUUUAAUGUUAUUGGGAUUUUUUUUGUUCACACAGAAUUUUAGCUGGAGGCAGGCAUGUUGCAGAUGAUGCUUUGAAAAUUGUUCUGUAGCAUUCCAUAUAAAGAUGCAGAAAUAUAGCUGUGUGAAAAAGCUACUUCAUAUUGAAUAUCAGAUGUGGUAGCAGUCCUGGUAAGGGACCUGCUUGGAGAUUGGUCAAAGGCUUUGCACCCAGAGGUUCCAGGUUCAAUCUGUGGCAUGUCUGACUAAAAGGAGAUAGCACGUACAGUCAUACCUCGGGUUGAAUGUACUUCAGGUUGAGCGCUUUCGGGUUGCGCUCCACGGCAACCCGGAAGUAACGGAGCACGUUACUUCCGGGUUUUGCCUCUUGUGCAUGUGCAGACGCUCAAAAUGAUGUCACGCACAUGCGCAGAAGCGGCAAAACGCGACUCGCAGAUGUGCCAUCGUGUCUUACGUUCCAUUCAGGAUGCGAACGGGGCUCCGGAACAGAUCCCAUUCGCAUCCCGAGGUACCACUGUAAUGGGAAAGGUCUUUUCCUGAGACCCUGGAAAGAGCAGUUGCAUGGACAAAUGAUCAGGCACGGUGUACGACAGCUUCCUAUGUUCCAGUUCAUUCUGCCAGUGGCAUCAACCCAAAUGAAAACAGUAUUUCCUUGUAUAUUUCCCAUGGCAUGUCAUUGAAAUUUUAUACUUGUCAGCUGUUCCCUAGGCUGUGUAAAAUCUGUGGGCACAAUCCCUAUGCAGGAAUCCCCAAAUGGCAUAGCCGAGGCCUGGUUUCCCCGCUUUCUUUCUUCGUGCAUACACAGAUACAGGCACUGUGCCAAGCCAUUACAGGGAAUGAGUGUAUGUGCGCAUAACUCCAUAGCCUCUCUUAUAAGCUAAGGAACAUGAGUUUGAAGUUCACAUUCCUUCAGCAGAGUGAGGAGGGCUGGAUGAAUAAACAAGGAGUACAUAUGCUUCCCAUCUCCUAGACUGACCUGAAACAACUUGGAUGUCGCCUGUUUAAAUGCACGUAUGCAAAGAACUAUGUUGUAUUCACAGAUUCACAGAUGUAGUAGAAUAGAAUUGUUUACGAAUGGAAUAACAGUCCAUGCUUCUACAGAGUCGGUGUAGUGUAUUUGCUACGAGUGUGAGCUGUGAGGCAAGAAGGCCUGGCAUUACACUGCACGUGACUUAACAGCGCAAUUCUACAUCUGUACUCCUAGUUAAGUAUGUCCAGGAUCCCAGCCAUACCAGUUUAAUCUCCAUAGGUACAUGCCUGCUAAAGUUAAGCACUUUUAAAUCACAUUGCUUUUGCUGAAAGACUUUUGUAAAUAUAUGCUUUUUUAAAAAAAAAUACUCAGGAUACAAAUAUUCCAUUUCAGGUGACAGAGAGGUUCAUGAAUUUGUUGAUUAUACUGAAGAGGAAGAAGAAGAGGAGGAGGAAGAACUUGAGUCUACUGAUAUUACUGCAAGGACGGAGCGCUCUGCUACAUAGAAAGUGAUGUUUCAGACUUGGCGUUUUUUGGCCCAGAACUGACCCCCUGAAUUCUUCAUUUUGAGGCCAACAACAUGUUCCUACAGGACUACCACAAUGGGGCAACAGUUGGCAUGACACAGUCAGUCCUUUGGUUUUAUUUUCCUUUAAAAUGUUUAUAUUUCUGCUAUGCAUCCUUUAACACAGCUUAAUGGGAAUUUACCAUAUGGAAUAACAGUUGUUUGUUCUAUAAAGAUAUGACAGCACUCUGUUUGAAUCGGGGAAACAGUGUAGGACAGAAGGACCACAGAAUCCAUGAGUAAUGCAUGCUUUACUAGUCUGUUACUCCAUUUAUGAAUGUGUUUUUUUAAUGCAGUGUUCACUUUUGAGUCCUUUUUUCCAAAGCAUAAUAAUAAUAAUAAUAAUAAUAAUAAUAAUAAUAAUAAAAUUUAAAAUGUUUGCCAUAAUUUUGUUUUAGGACAUUAAUUUUCACACACAAUUUUAAAAAUCACUUUGCCAAGCUGAUUUUCCUUUCCAUUAACAGUGUCAGCAGUCAAAGUACAAUUCAGGUUUAUAUAUCUCUGAAGUAAAAUUCUCUGAAAGUUUGAAUAGAUCAGGGGUGAGGAAACUAACUCAGAGCUGAAUGUGGCCACCCAAGCCUCUUUAUUUGGCCUUUGAGACUCUUUCCAGGCCACAUUCCUCACCAGUCCUGCUCUGUACUCUCCCUCAAGUGCUUUUGCCUGGCUUGACUAUAUAUGCUUGAACUAUACUGCCUUUUGCAUGCCUGAUGUGGCAGGAAUAUACCCUGUUGUACAAGGCAAAAGUCACAUCCAUUGCUCUGCUCAUUUUUGGCUCUAACCCCACCCACCACCACUGCCCAUUGUCUGAAAAACAUGUCCCAGCCCUGGAGUCUACAGUGGUCAUUUUCAAAUGCAGCUGUGCAACCAAAUGCAAUGAGUAACCUUCUCAGCAAAUGCUUCCCAUUCAACAGAAGACCUCUAUCUUUGCACACAAAGAAUGCAUAUUUUGAUUUGACUCCUUCCAUGGAUAUUAAUUGGUAUGAUAUAACCUGUAUACAAAAGAGUUUCAUUCAUACAUACAUACAUACAUAUGACCUUGACUGGGCUGGCUUUCAUUACUGUCUGCGAGCCCCGUGCUUUUUCUGGGGCUCUGUCUGUCAUAAUGACCCGUCUUUGGUUCCUGUAUCUUACGGCCAGUCACCAGUUUUGCUACAUGACAGACUAAAAACUGAUGUAACAGGCCACCCCUGUCUUAAGCUGGAAAGAACAACAAAAUGCCACAAUAUCUGGGAAAAAAGUCAAAAACCUUUUUUAAUAAGCAGCAUUAAAAAGAUAAAUAAUUUAUAUCAUAGUAUAACAAAUAAUUUAACUAGAAAGAAAUACAUUUUUCAAUUUUUUGCAUAUUCUCCUGUAAGAAUUCAAGGAAAAAUACAUUUAGAAAUUGUCAUAUGAAAUUCAUUGUAAUCAAACUGAUAUCUAAGUGCAAAAGCAAUUAGUAGGAAACAAAACCUACUGAAGGGCAAGUUCAUGGAAAGCAAAUGGACAUGUUUCCCCAUAUUUAUGAAACAGUUAACUGAUUAGAUCGAUCCCAUUAUUUGCUUAACAAACAUGCAAAAUAAAAAUAAAAAUUACGCACACUGUUACCACACUAACAAUGCAGUCCUAAAUGUAUCUACUUAGGGCAGGUCUCGACCAAUACAUUUUGCUGCCUGAGGCAGUGCAAGCAAAUUGUGCACCUUUGGUCAUGGUGCAUAUGUACUUUAGGCUGGUCAAGUUACUUUGACAUCUGAGGCAGAAAAUCCCACAACCACCUCUUCCUGGGAGUAAAAACACAAUAAUAAAUUAAAUAAUUAUUUGCUGUCCUCUCAUGGCAUCCAAAAUCUGUCAGAGACUGCUGUUUCACUGUGCCUAAUGGCAGGGCUGGCCCUGACUCGGACAGUGGGGCUUUCUCCCAGGGAAGUGUGUAAGGAUUAUAGCUUUUAAUGAUUUUGCUUUUCAGGAGAUAAGCAUUGAACAACUACUAUAAAGCCAAGCUAACAAACCAAACACAUUCAUCAUUUAAUCCUAAUUACUGAUCAUUGUCUCCUAUCGUUAAAAUCUCACAGUGCAUUCAAGAACAUUACUACCCAAUUUCAAACUAACAUUAAAUUGCUCAAGUGUUUUUUGUUUUUUAAAGGAGAAAGUCCUGACCGCACCUGUUCACUGUAGUGUAAAAAGUAUGUUGAUUUUGGAAACGUGAAAACUGUGUAAAAAACGCAUUUGUCACUGUCUUCACUGGGAAAUGAGUGAUGCCAUAAUUGUGCUAUGUAAGCUAUUUCACCUAGUUAAAAAAAAAACCAACAACAACCACCCCAUGAUGUUUUGACAGGUUAUUGUUUUCAGGUGUCAUUUUACAGUAGAAUAAAAGACGCCUGAUGCUGAUUCACUGAAGAACUGCAACAUAUAUAGCAGGCACGUCCAACUCCCAAGAGACUGCGAUAUACUCCUAGUAUAAAAAAAAACACCUGCCAGUGAUCUACCCAUUGUCAUUGGAGGGAGGAGGAGUGUGCGUGGGGUGGGUGGGUGGGAGGGGGUGGGUGGGUUGCCCAAAGUUGUUGAGCUUUUUGGGGGGUAGGAUUGCAGAGCUGUUGAGCUUUUGGGGAUGAUCUCGCAAUCUACCAGGAUCAGCCAGGGAUCUACCGGUAGAUCAUGAUCUACUGGUUGGACAUGCCUGAUAUAUAGGCUGGUGCUUUGUGGCCAUGUACAUGUUGGUUUACAAGUAAAUAUUCUUUAAGCAGAACAGCACAUGCAAAUGUUUAUUAAUGGAGAAUUAAUGGAAUUAAUGGAGAAAGGAAUUUUGGUGGUCUCCAUAUGAGAUUCUAGUACUCUGCUCUUAAGCCUUUUAAAACAGACAGAAGCUGCUACCUAUACUUGAUCCUAGAUACUAUACCUACAUUUAUUAAAUAUGGAGCCACAAGAGAAGGUCAGCUCAAUACAAGAUUUCUAUAGACUUGGUCUUGUGAAAUGAUUCAGCUGCCUGCAGCUCCAUGUACAUGUUACUCAUGCGUAAGGCAUACUCUAGUACAGACCAGAGCAUUUUUAAGAACUGUGCAUUGAGUGAGGUUGUCAGUACAAACAUACAUAAUUUUAUUUGUAUGCUGCCUUUCCACAGUUCUUACCAUACUCAAGGCGCCUUACAACAUGAAAAAAUGUAACAAAAGGAGUAAUAAACAAUAAAGAAAAUAUUAAAAUGUACAAGCAGGACAAACAAUUUUCACAUAAAUCACAGGAUCUAAAAUAGGACCACGGCAACAACUCUCCCCAACAAAAACCCCAAAACAGCACCCCAGCCACAGUCUGCACAGGAAGAGCAACACGCCCCCUUGUCUGUAAGGCUUUGUGUAUUUUGGACACUUGGAUGUUUGGGCGUCCUAACUGCAUGGAGGCCCUACACAUGAGGAGGUGCUUGGGCGUUGGCCUUCUUUUACCAACAACCACACUUUAUGUGUGGUUGUUAAAAAUAAAGCUGGCUUUUUUAAAAAUGCUCUGGUCCAUAUGCAUGCAUUCUCUACACGUGAGUAACAUGCGCACAGGGUUUGCACAGCCUGGCAGAACAAUCAAGAAAUGACAUACUGGUAGACUGAAUGUUUAGUUGAAAAAACGGUUGGGGAAAGGUUUCUUUCCUCAAGAGAUGCCUCAAAAUGGUCAAAUAUACUAAUUUCUGAUCGCUGUAGAAACCCAAAAUGUGCAAAGUGCUGAUAAAAACAAUAAUGGAAGUCUCAGCAAUUAGCAACCAAAGUCCCAUUAGAGGAGCACCACCGAGAGCUGGAGGCAUGUUCUAGAUGUGCCUACACACGACAUUCUUCCUGGGUUAUUGAUAAACAAAGAAGUUGAUGAAGUGUGUCACAGCUGCACAUGGUUGACAGUAAAUUAGAAACAUGCACGGAAGUAGACAUUUCAGUGAAGUGCAUGCAGGCAACAGAAAUGCUGAGCCCUUAUUUGAAAGAGCAGAACGUUUGAGGCAGCACUCAUGGCUAAGACUGCAAGAAACUGUAGGCUAUCCUCUUGCCACAGGCAGCAAAACCAUGACCACCACUUUUCUCCUAUGCAGCACAGAGGUGUUAGUGAAGAUCGCAGCUACUUUAAAAUGCCACAUAAACUGGCACACUUACUAUGAUGCCCACAGCUUUCCAGGGAAGAGGCCAUGGCUGCAUAAUGAGAGCUAAGUACUGGUUAACGUAAGUUGUGUGGAGACACAACAUGGUCUAAACUCUCAGGAAGGACCAUGAAUUUUCUGGGUGGUGAAAUGAUACUCUGACUAUAGAAAGGUUUUUAGUUUUCCUAAGUUUAUCUAACUCCAUUAACACCUUGCCUGGUGUGCCACAAGGCCUAGUUGGACAACAACAGCUGUCUUAUCCAGAGAUUUGAUUGGUUUGUUUUUACUGAGUGUACAGACAAAAAUAUUUGCUUGGGUGUUUAGAGCAGUUUAGCAGCUACUGUAUGUAUUUUAGAUGCUUUUGUUUAAUACAAUUUGCCUCUCAUUUCCAGGUAUAAGAUAACUGGCAAACUACUUCUGGUAGAUGCAAUGCACUUAAUUCUACAAUAUUUGUAUGCAGGAAACUACAAACCUAUAAUAGGAGUAAGAUUUUGAACAUUAUGGAUAUAGGAACUAUAAGAACUGAAAGAUGCAAUGAAUCUGGGUUUCUUAACAGUGUUCAAUGUCCAUCUGUUAACUAUGAUUUUGAUUCAUAAGUGAAAACUAUGACACUCAGGAUUUUAGCCAGCUUCUGCCCAUGGCCGAAAAGUGCCUUACGUAGUAUGAGUACCACUGGUGAAACCAUGGUGGAAGGUCAGAUUUGCCUUCCUUGUUUUAGAACUGGGGUGCUGCUUUAAUCUGCCUCCCUGAGCAAGUAUUUAUUUUAUUUCAUCCAGGAAGACAGAUGAAGCCAGGUGGGGACAGAAUUAAGCAACAAAAUGGCAACCAAGCAGAAGUUGCAUGAAACUGCAUCCAUAUGAAACAGCAUCCGUAUGGUCAGUUCUUUGCAUGAGCCAGCUCACUAUGCUGCCUGUCUUAAAGUGGCACAAAACAUCCCUGGCAGAUGGUUCUUGUAGAAAUUACAGUCCACGUGGUGAACCACCACACAUUAAGAGCCCUCUGCGUGGAGCAGCUUCCAAGCAAAAUCAGACCAUUUUAUGUUAAGGCAUAAAAAUGAAUUCCAGGUUCUCUCUGCAGUGAAAAUGGAACCAGGAUUAAUGACAGGUUUGGUGCUAAGUAUGAAGCUUGCAGAAGCAUGAAGAAAGAGUGGCUGGGGAAACCCAGCCAGGUGGGCAGGGUAUAAAUAAUAAAAUUAUUAUUAUUUAUUAAAUAUCAGCUGAAAGGAAAUUAGGUGAGAAAUUAAGCCAUUUAUAUAGAUAGCAGUGCAAAACCUAGAUGGAUUGUAUGAUGUCUGAACAGGUAGAUUAUUUUAAAGGAAACAGGUCUCAUUUACUUUUUUUCCAUAAGGAAUUCAGUGGCAUUGAAAGCCAUGCCUUGGAAGCAUCAGCUUGCUAUUGCCAACUUCUCUGACUGAUCCUGCCAACAGCAAAACAAUACUCAAGGGGACACUGCUGACAAGAUCCUGUUAUAAGGCAGAACUACUGAGUUUUUGCUUUUCAAAAGUAUCUAAGUACAGCUGUUAUGGGUAAGAUGGAUAAAAUAGUCCUUAUAUAAAAUUUGUUUGGGCUACUGAGGUAUAGCUAUGUGAGUAUGAAUCCAUUGGGGACUUUUCCUGUAGAAGCCUCUUUGAAACGAAUGGAAAUUGCAUAAACUCUUGUGCAUUUUUUUAAGGCUGUUAUUCUGUAGCCACCUACCUAGGAGUAAAGCCCAAUGAAUCAAUGGAAAAACUUAUGAGUAGACAUGCACAGAAUUGCAUUGCUGAAUGACUGAAAAUGGUGCCCUAAUUAGGGAACAGCUUAAAAAAUAACUAAUUUUAGUACAGAACUUUUAAAAAGCACCAUUGGCAUUCCCCAUGAAACAGAAGGAGGAAUGUGUCUUUUAUGAUGAUAUCUCCUACAACAUAUUUGUAUAUAACCUAAUAACCAAGAGAAUCUACCUUUUCUUUUAAAAAUUGUGCCUCUUCGGCAUAUGCAGAUAUAUGCAAACAGUGAUCUAUUAAAAGCAAUACAAUUAAUUAACAGUGCAGUUCUAAACAUUUGUGCUCAGUUCUACUAUUUUUAAUGGGACUUACAGCCUGGUGAAUGCACAAGACUGUAGCUGAAGACCCUUUUAAUCAGGUGGUAGCUCAAAAUUUCAUAAGUCUUGCAGAGAAGUCCCCAGUACAUUUGGGACAAGCCUUUUGGCUGCACAUACAUCCUCAAUGAACAACAUCAAAAUGCGGCUCAACACCCUGGCUUGGUCCAAAUCUGUUAACCAGAUCUGUUAAUUAAGGAAAGACUUCCUGGUUGGUUGGAUUGCUUGUGUGAAGAGACUACAUAGAUGGCCAAAAGGCUCACUUAUAUCUUUUCUUAUUAAGGUGAGUUAUGUUCAUCUUUCCUUUUCUAAAACUGAUUUGUGGCUGCAUCUAUCAGUAGAAGUGCAUUUCUGUGAUUACCUAAAUAAAGCUCAGUCUAUCAGUUUUGGUGAGCUUUCAGUCCUAAACAAGGCAUCAAUAUAAAAUAAUAUCGAAAUAAAUUUUGAUGUACUGCAUAAUUUAAGAAAAAACCCCAAUACGAUAAUUCAGUAAAAACUUCCCUGCUGCUACAG